CCCUGGGCGUGGGGGAGGCGACUGCGGGGCCGGCGGGUGGGUGGACAGGGGCUCUCGCUCGUUGUUGAGGUGCUGAAUCAUCCUCGCUGGCGGGCCGCAUAGCCGCCGCCCGGGCAGAUAACGGGGUACCUGAAGCAGGGCAUUUUAGAUCUGCUUGGUAAACCUGGUGUACCACCACCAUGCUGGCCGCAAGACUUGUGUGUCUCCGGACACUGCCUUCCAGGGUUUUCCACCCAACUUUCACCAAGGCCUCUCCUGUUGUGAACAACUCCCUCACGAAGAAUCAAUGGCUCUUAACACCCAGCAGGGAAUAUGCCACCAAGACAAGAAUUGGGAUCCGGCGUGGGAAAACUGGCCAAGAACUCAAGGAGGCAGCAUUUGAACCAUCAAUGGAAAAAAUAUUUAAAAUUGAUCAGAUGGGAAGAUGGUUUAUUGCUGGAGGGGCUGCUGUUGGUCUCGGAGCAUUGUGCUACUAUGGCUUGGGAAUGUCUAAUGAGAUUGGAGCUAUCGAAAAGGCUGUAAUUUGGCCUCAGUAUGUGAAGGAUAGAAUUCAUUCUACCUAUAUGUACUUAGCAGGAAGUAUUGGUUUAACAGCUUUGUCUGCCCUGGCAGUGAGCAGAACUCCUAUUCUCAUGAACUUCAUGAUGAGAGGCUCUUGGGUGGCAAUUGGUGCAACCUUUGCAGCCAUGAUUGGAGCUGGAAUGCUGGUACAAUCAAUACCAUAUGACCAGAGCCCAGGCCCAAAGCAUCUUGCUUGGCUACUACAUUCUGGUGUGAUGGGUGCAGUGGUGGCUCCUCUGACAAUAUUCGGGGGCCCUCUUCUCAUCAGAGCUGCGUGGUACACAGCCGGCAUCGUGGGAGGCCUCUCCACUGUAGCCAUGUGUGCGCCCAGCGAGAAGUUUCUGAACAUGGGCGCUCCCCUGGGCGUGGGCCUUGGUCUCGUCUUCGUAUCCUCACUGGGAUCUAUGUUUCUUCCACCUACCACUGUGGCUGGUGCCACUCUGUACUCAGUGGCAAUUUAUGGUGGAUUAGCUCUUUUCAGCAUGUUCCUUCUGUAUGAUACGCAGAAAGUAAUCAAGCGUGCAGAAAUAGUACCAGUGUAUGGAGUUCAAAAAUACGAUCCCAUCAAUUCGAUGCUGGGAAUCUACAUGGAUACAUUAAACAUAUUUAUGCGGGUGGCCACUAUGCUAGCAACUGGGGGCAACAGGAAGAAGUGAAGUGCCUCAGCCUCUGACUCCUGUACGGCCCCAGCUGUCUUUCCUGUGUCAUAGAGGCGGGUGUUCGUUACAUAGUUUGUUCAAGCAACUUUCAUUGAAGUUUAGAAGAUAAGAAGUUAUCAUCAUGUUUCAAAUGUUCCAGUAAUGUGAUGCUUCAGGUCUGCCUUUUCUUCUGGAGAAUAAAUUCAGUAGUUCUCUUCCAAAUAAGCAUACAUAUGUCCAAUGCUCAUGUGUGAGUGAUUCUGAACUAUUUCAAUGAAUGUGAAAACAGAUUUGUGUUGUGAGAAUUUAAGUGUUUUAUCUACUUUUAAAUUGAUUUGGUUAAGUAUUAUAAAAAUUAGCAAAAUUCUAUUUACCUGCAUCUAUUUUGGAAUGCAGAAUGUUAACAAGUAAUGUCAUGAGUGACAUAGAAGUUUGGUGAAGGGGUCAGAGGGAAGGAAAGCGUCACCUACAGGCCUUCUGUGACUACAUAGAACUUAGGACUUGUGUCAGUGGCGGUGAGCCAGUGAGACGGCUCAUUCGCUGAACUUACAAAAGAGCAUAAAACGAAGACAUAGGUGAUGCAUUUUCCUGCUGUUCCUUUUAGUGCUCUCUUUAUAACGUACGUGUGAUCAUGUUUGGCUUCUCAUUGUUUGACAUUGUUCUGACAGUCCAGAAUUCUAUUCAUAUGGAGAAUUCCUUAUAUGUAAUAUAUAUAUGUGUAAGUUUAAUUUUUGAAUCUUCUAGCACAAAAUAUCCUUAAAAUAGCUUCUCAGGAUAAAAUAUUCAAAACACGGAAACUUGUACUUUCUAGUAUACAAACAAUAUGUUCAUAAUUGCUGAAUUUUUUGCAUAUUUAUUGAAAUGCUUAAUAGAGUACACACUUGCCUUUCUCAUCUCUGCAAGCUUUGAAGCUUUUAUUAGAAAAUCCUGUUUAUGACUUACCCUUGAGAUUAUGAAAGCAGUUUUUCUCCUAAGACUUGGUUUCUUGCAUUCCCUCUCAGACUAAGCACUAGGAAAAAUGAGUCAUUCUUCACGAACUGUAUCGAUUAAAAAUGUAAUGGUCAGAAUGCUUCCUUGGUGUGUCCCCUAGCCGAAUUUUCCUUCUCUCCUGCAUAGACCAUUACUUAACUCUCUUGUGACAUUCGUAAGUUUUUUGAUAACAGAAGAGUUAGUUUUGGAAGUGCCUAAUGAAUGAAGUAAGUGUAUAUGGUUAUUGAGAUGAUUAUUGUUCUUGAUAAGCAUUUAUUACAUUAAUUCAAAAAUAACUUCUAACGACCUCAAAUUACAUAGGAUGCCUAUUUUUGAAAUAAUAAAGGUUCCGGCCAAAUGGUG